GGGUUCAGCUCUUCUUGUGAUGGGUCUCCUGGGUUGGGGAGACACUUGGUGCCAGUGGGGCCAAUCACUAAUUAGGGUGUGGGGGGUGGGUCAGCCUGCAAAGCACCUUGGGUGUGGAACUACUUGGCAGCGGUCCCCCUCCCAUUUGUUGCUGCAUACAUUCAGGCCCGUCUUCUUUCCGCUUUAUUAGCACCAUAGACAUGUAAGACUGUUGAGUGGGGAUGGGGGGUUUGGACAUCACGGCCAGCAAGCAGGAGAGGUCCUCCCAGUCCCCUACCCGCCAAUCUUAACUGCAUUAUUUAUUACUGCCAUCUCUCUACCCCACAAUAAAAUAAUCUCCAACACACACACACACACACACACCCCCACACACGCACACAUUAUACAAGGAAGGAAUUGUUUUUUGGAAAAAGUUCCAGUCUAGGUGCCCUAUAUUGAAAAGCCGACUUUCCUUUUUCUGUCCAAACACUCGGGAAAAACAGCAAGUAGAUAGCCUGAGACCAGAGAGCAUAAGGUCCAUCAGAUCUACUAAAGGGGUUUUUACAAAUAAACACCUUGACUGAACCCCAAAUUGCCUCAAGGUUUGCGCCAAUGUUCGGGAGCAGAGUCGCCAUCAGUGUGUGAAUGGGUGAAUAGGUCAGUGACUGUAAAGCGCUUUGGGCCUUCAAAGGAGGGUAGAACGUGCUAUAUAAGUAUACGCCAUUUGUGUGUCAGAAGAUUCAUAACCGCCUGUUGUAACAGUAAAAUACGAAAAAAAAAAAGUGAAAACUUUUUGUUAUAGUUUUGAUUUUUCUUUUGUAUAAUACUUUUCAAAAAAAAUCUUUUCACCUAUUUAUGCAAAAUCAACACACAUAGAAAACAAAACAAAAAAAAACAGCCUGAGCUAAAACAAGUAAAAUGAAAGAAAUUAUUUGAAAGGAGAACACAGUUGGAAAAUGUCUUUGUAAUACUGAAAUAGGUUAAUCCAGUUAAAUAAAAUAAUUUUUUUGUCAAUUUUUCUAAACCGCUUUGUCCCUUUCGUGGUCAUGGGAGUGCCAGAGCCUAACCUGGUCACUUCUGGGCGAAGUGUCUCCAGUCUGCCGCAGGGUCUCAAUCAAACAUUCGUGCACACUCACACCUAUGGACAAUUUAGAGCAACCAAUUAACCUAAGAAGCAUGCUUUUGGAUGGUGGGAGGAAGUCGGAGUCCCCGGAGAAAACCCACACAUGCACGGGGAGAACAUGCAAACUCCAGACUUUUUGGUGCCAAUAAUAAUUUAGACUUAUUCCUAUCAGGCAGUUUGUUUGAAGGCGGCAACCAGCACAAGAACUGCCCGAUCUUUAUAUAAUUUGCAUUUUCCUUUUUUUUCCUGCACCAGUAACUCAACUCACCCUGGAUCUGCAUUCAUUUUCUCCACAUCAGUAUUUAAACCACUGAAUGUGUUUGACAUGUUGUCAUUGUGAGGGGUGUGCUUGUGGAGAACACAGGGGCUCUCGAGAGGACGGCACUUUCAGAAAGUGAGGUUUGAUGCUUGAUAGUGGAGUCUAUGACAUCAAAGAGAAGAAUGGACAAACUAGAUAAAACUCUGAUCGGUUCACUGCUUUUGGCAGCUCUUUUCAGCAGUGCUGUUAGCGACGACUGGAAGGCAUCUGUCACAAAGAAUUUGGAUGCCCUGGUCACCUCCUGCGUUGUGGUACCCUGUUCUUUUAGCCAUCCUGGAAAAGCCCUACCAUCCUCCAAACUCCGAGGGAUCUGGCAUAUUUCCAAUGAUAAAAACCAAGUUAUCUAUAAUGAGGAUCAAACAAAGAUCUUGGAUCCAUAUAAAGAUCGAACAAAGAUGCUCGGGCAACUUGGUCAGAACAAUUGCACCUUAGAAAUAGCCGAUGUGAAAGAUCACGACAAUGGGCCUUUUUGUUUCCGGAUCGAGUUAGUUGGGGAAGAGAGCCAGAAGUUUUCCUUUGUCCAAGACUGUGUUGACCUCAAAAUGCAACAUUCUCCACCAGAAAUCAAACUGACCCAGUCAAGGGCAGCAUUUGAAGGAAAAACUUUCACAGUCACCUGCUCAGUCCGCCACACCUGCCCCUCAUUCAGACCCAAACUGUCUUGGAGUCGAGGAAAUGCAGAUCAGAUUUUUGAGAAACAUGAAGAGAUCUCCCCAGGAAUCUGGGUCAUGGAGUCUGUUCUGACUUUUGUUCCUGAGGAGAAAGAUGAUCACAGUCAGCUGAACUGCACAGCUGUAUUUCACGGAGGAAAAACAACUACAAAAACCCUACAUCUUUACGUAAAGCGUAAGACUUUUUUGAUUUUUUUCUCUCUAAAUUGUGUCACAAUUCUAUAUACACCUGUGCAGAGAAGUUGGCCUCACACAUCAAGUCUACCUGUAGGUGCAGCAAACUACAAGAACAUCAUCAUUCCAAUUGUUGUGUUGGUUGUAACUGCUGGAGUCAUUGGAUUAGUCUCUGGUUUAAUUAUCAAAAAAUACAAAAAACGUAUUAUGGAGCUCCAGAGUCAGGAGGGGAGUGUUUGGAAUCGGAUGUCCAGAUUCUCCCGGAGGUUUCGAUCAAAUGCUCCACCACCAUCUCAAACCAAUAGAAGGAUGCAAAGAGAGGACUUUGCUGAAGAGAAACCUUGAGUUCCAUCCACCAAAAACCAACCAAAAAGCAACAUCUACAAUGAGGACCAUGACGAUGAUGACAAUCAAAACACAGCGGAUCUCAACAUUUGUGGAAACGUGUGAGGAGCAACUUUGCAGAAGCAACUUCAAAGUGAACACAAUGAUCUGAUCAAAUUAUUAUAAUACGGAAGCAGAAAACGGCCUGCCAUAAAUUUUUUUUAAUCGUUAUAACGAGAGCCACUAUCUCGUUAUAACAAACAAAGUCCGUUCUUGUUAUAAUGAGAUAAUCAAGAACGGUGAUUGAAGUGUCUCCAUCGUGCUUUCAGAGACACAGAGACUUUACCGGCUUGAAAACACUUCACAAAUGUUUUUAGUCUAUUUUUUAUUUAUUAGUGGAUCUAUGCUCUUUAAACAUCUUAAUUCAGUCUCAUGCACCAGCCCCUCCCUUAAUUUCCCCAAAAACCCUGAAGAAACAUUGACAGAUUGACUGAAUUCAGGGCAUCUGAGCGUGUAUGCAUGGUGAGUUCACAGACAUCCGGACAUCAGCAGCAAAACAAAGCAGUUUAUCAGAGAAAACAUCGAACAUCGGCAAUUAUCCAUUUAUAAUUGAUUGAUUAAAUAGUUUCAACAUUUUUUCUGAAAAAUUGCUUUGUUUUCCUGAAGAUUGUAUAAAAUGGCAAAAGCAGAGUAACGGAUUUAGUUGGGCCGAGUGGCUCUUUUGUUCUGCUAAUUUCCGGAGUUCAUUGAACACAUCAUGCACAGAGUCUCGUCUGCGCUGUGAUCUGUCAAUCAACCUGGUCAGAGGUUUGUGGUAAAUAAAGGGAGGAGUGCUGGUGGAUGACGGACUGAAGGCGUUUGAGGAGCGUAGACCCACUAAUAAAAUAAUAAAAGAAAAUAGACUAAAUAGAGAGGCCGUUUUUGAUAAUUACUACAGCGUGAAAAUUUACUAAUUGUACUUUAGGUAUGCUUCUUUUACUAUACAAAAGUGCUUUAUUAGAUACAUUGCUAUGUACCUUGAUAAACUGUAAUGUUGAAAUCUUGCUUCUUUUUUUUUUUUUUUUUUUGGUGAGGUUUAACAAUAAUUUUUGUAACAUUUCCCAGACAUUUUAGCAUAAUUUUUUUCCCAAGAAUCACUAUUUCAAAAAAAAAAAAGUAAAGCUUUGUUUCAAUCUGAGAGAAAACUCUUAGUUUGAUACUAUGAAGGUGUUGAGAUUUAAAUUUUGUUUUUGCUCUAAUAUUGUGUAGAUCAAGGCUCUCAUUCAUCCAGGUGACGUCUUUAAGUAGAAUCAUGGUAUCUGUAGUUAAAGUCAUCAUGACAGAUAAAGCCUUUUGGAUGAGCAGUGAAACAUUUAAAAAAAAAAGAAGACUUUGAGUCCAGAUGCCAUGAUUCAACUUUAAGACUCUAAUUUCAUUUUAGAACUCAUUCAAAAAAAUCUGAGCAUGUUGCAGAUGAGUUUCAGUGAAUGAUUUUCAGCUGCCCUAAUCCCUAACAUCAGUGUGCUGUGGCAGCAAAAUGUUGAAAUUAAAUACACCUAAAAAUUUUCAAAGCAUCACGUUUUAAAAAAUCAAAGGAGCACUGGAUGAAGACAGACAAGAGUUAACAAGUAUUUUGAAACAAGAUAAAAAAAAACUUCUCCUACUUAUCCAACCUCAAAUUACUCCAUUGUUGGUGAAUUUAUAAAGUUUGUUGCUGUUUGUCAGAGAUGUUGAUUUGUUUUUUUUGCUCUGUUGCAUUUUCUCAUGAAAUAGCCAUCUGAGUUUAUUAACAUUCUCUUCAUAAAUGGGAUUAUAACAGGUGCUUUUAUAAUUUAGAGUGAAGUUAAUUCAUUUUUCAACAGAGAUAGAGUUUUUAGUUUUAAGAAUCCAAUGAAGGAUUGACCUUUCUGUCAUUUCAUUUUCUUUUCCAGGGAAGGAAGUAAAGAGGAAAUAACUGUCUUUUCAGUUCCAAUUUUUUUAAAGUACUAAACCCGUAUGGGCAGUUUUGUCUCAAACUUUUGCUCUCAGAGCAAGUCAUGCAGAAGCAUCUACAUUACAAAUUAUAUAAAACUUUGAGUGCAAGUCUCACAAAUGAAGGAACUUGGAAAUGAAAAAUAUCCUAUUAUUUUCUGAAUGACUAACUUAUAAGCAUUUAGUAAACUUUGACGUCUUGGGAAGCACCACGGCUGAGGUAACUGAGAUUCCAUAGUCAACAGAGAAAUCUAUUAAUAAUAGAGUAACAUUUUAUUUAUGGUGGAAAGAGGGCACGUCGCUGGAAACCGCUUGUUCCAAUCUAUGCAUUUAUCCUACCGAAUUGAAUGCUUCUGCAAAUUUGGCUUAAUAGUUUAAGAAUAAAUUACUGUUACUUCAGGUAUUGUGGCAAUCUGCUGGGCAGCUUAGUUUCACAUCCCCAAAGACUUAUUUAAUGGAAUCAGCUUCUGGCCCUUUUAAUUUCUAACUUUCCAAAGGACAAACAACUGCUUAAGACAUGCAUUGAGUUACCUUUCUGUCAUAUAUUUACUGAUUUUGUAUUAAACACCUAAUUUCUUUGUACUGUUCUAGUGCGCGCUCGAUGAUGAAGAAUAAAAAAAAA